AUGAAAUUCCUUUCUUUCUGCGCACUCUUCGCCGUCGCAAGCUCGGCCGUGGCAUCCACGACCAGCGAUGUCGCCCCCAUUGACAUUUCGUCCCUUGCCGGUACCUACACCUCCGAGCCCCAUAUCGAUGCGAGCACAGUCGAAGCAAUCCGAAAUACACUAGCCCUCUAUGCUUUUGCUAUUGAUGGCAAAGAAUUCACCGCCCUUAGCAAGGUCUUUACCGCCGAUGCGGUAGCCAACUACUCAGCGCCCCUCAACGUGUUGACCCCACUGACAAACAUUCAAUCUGUGCUGGACACAAGCUUGGGCUGUGUGACCACGCAGCAUAUGUAUGGUACACAACGGAUUGAUGUACUCUCACCCAAAACGGCCAAGUCGGUGACUUACUACCGUGCUGCCCACUUCGGAAAGGGAGACAAGGCAAACGAUGUAGCCUAUGCCUAUGGCCAAUACCAGGAUAACUGGGAACUUCAAUCUACUGGUGCCUGGCGUAUCGUUCACCGGAAUCUUGUUUAUAUGGGUCCCAACAUUGGCGACAUGGCUGUUUUCGUGUGCUAG